UAUUUUCACUAAUUAAUGUUCCGACUUUGGACGAGUGUUGUGUCUACCGUCGUAAAAUUAAGUUUGAUGUAAUCUAGCUGAAGGAUUGGUGCUUAGUGGCGGCUUAUCAAGCUAUGUACAACUCGGUUGCCAAAAGAAUGGACCUGAUACUGAUACCGUAUUCAUAGCAACUCGGCGAUACCGUAAUGUAUCGCGUUCGUAGUUCAUCGACGCUCAAGCGAAACCAAGAGUAGAAACAAGUAUCCCGCGCGGCAUUAAACUAUGAACUCCAUAUCAUUGGUACAGGCCAGGAUUUGAACCCACAGCCUCUCGAUUGAGAGGACGAGGCCUUAUCCAUUACGCCACCACGGCUCUCCGUCAUGCUGGUUAAAUAUAAAUGUUUUUAUUGCAGGUGAAACCACCAGUACCUUACAUAGGUUCCCCAAUCCUGAUAAGGAUGCUGGAAGAUUCAGAAAAUGGACCAAUGCUAUUGGUGGAAACUUAAUUAUGCUUGAUGUUGAUGACAAUUAUAUUUUUAAAAAUGCCAGAGUUUGUCACCAACAUUUUGAAUCCAAAUAUCAUACCUGGAGUUCAAGACUCACUAUGGACGCAGUCCCAACUUUAUUACUCAAAGCUUACUGUCAAGAUUUUGCACUUACUUCAACAGUAUUAUUUGUGUUUAUGGUGUUGACAUACUCUGCAAAAGGACACUAUUUAAAUAUUGUAAAAAGGACACUUUAACUUGUGAUUUUGGAUAGUUACCAAAUGCGUCACAAUGCCAAAGCCCUGUGUGUUUGGUUGUGCAACCAAUGAUCCCACUCGUCAUUCAUUUCCAAAUCCUAGAAUAUUACCUCAGCAAUUUAAAGCUUGGGUUGAUAUUACUGGUGAUUUUGGCAUGAGUAGUGAAGAUAUUUUUAAAAAGAAGAAAGUUUGUGGUGUCCAUUUUACUGAAAGAGAUCGCAAUCGGUGCAAUCGAUUAAAUAAAUUAGCUAUUCCAUCUCUUCACUUGAAUGGCUUUCAUGGAAAGUUUACAAUACCAACAAGUGCAACUGUCACUCAGGAACCGGAAAUGGAUACCCUAUAUGUUGCAGUUCCGAAGUCCGGCCAGCCGAAGAUACUCGACCAUGACUAUUUCUCAGAAAAUAUAGAAGAAGAUGAGUUGCUUGACACAAACGCUGCUGUCGAGACAGACGCUGUGCCAUGCGACGGAAGACCUGAGGAUGACCAUGACGAAGUAGCGGGCCAAGGUGAUGAAGUUAUAAAAAGUCAUCAUCAGGACUUUGACCAUGACCAUGGCGAAGGAGUGAGUGAUGAAGUUAUAAACCCAGAAAUAACUGAUGAGGAAAAUGUUGAAGUUUUGCAAUAUGCUGCUGAAGAGGCGGGGGCGUGUGCGGACCCGCUGUGCGAGGAGCCUGAAGAGGAAGACAAACCGGACAUCGACAAACUCAAUACUCAGAUUGAACAACUCUUCGCCGAAAACAUGUCAAAAGUGAGCAGGGUGGAGGACCUAGAGCAGUGCUGCCAUCUCUGUCUGUCUCGGGAUGGCUCCCUGGCGCCGCUACUGGGCUCGGGCCUGGGGCACAUGCUGAUGGAUCUCUUCAGUAUUGAGGUGCGGGCGGGCGACGUGCCGGCGCAGGCGUGCGGCGACUGCGCGGCGCGUGUGUCCUCCGCGCACUCCCUGCAGCGCACCGUGCGCGCCGCGACCCGGCACCUGGCGCGCCUGCUGCAGGGAACAAUGGAUUCGAGAGUUGGUGAUAGCGUCGAGCUGUGUAGUGUAGCUGCAAAAACAAAAGACCCUUCAUCCGAACCAGUAACUGCGGACAACCAAGGGGUUACGAUGCAAAGGACAGAAGAAUAUAAAAGUAACAUAGAGACAGAAGUAGAAGAGCAUUGGCCUGAACCAUUGAAUACGGAAGAUCAAGAUGUUUUGAUGGAAGAUGUUCAAGAUACUCUGCAGAAGUCGGAUAAAUUAUCCGAUGACGAAUAUUCGUUGCCCGAUCUGCCAUUUGAAUUUGAUAACAAGUCGCGGGAGAAGCAUGUUUGUCCUUUAUGCGAAGAGUCGUUUAAAAACUUGAAAUUCCUGGUGAAGCAUAAACGUGAAAAGCACGGAGUGGAGGAGAGACACGUGUGCCGCUUCUGUGGAAAGAUUGUCAAAUAUAGAAUUGACAAACACGAGAGGGCACACUUCAACCAUAACAAAGUGCACAAGAAGCACAGGUGUGAAAUGUGCGGAGCUGAGUUCGGCAUCCUGGGGCACUGGCGGCGCCACUUGCAGCGCAUGCACAACGGUCAGCGGCUGCCCGUGUGCCACGCGUGCGUGCGCGCCUUCGACACUAGAGAAUUAUACUAUGAUCACCUGAAGGAAGUACAUGGAGAUAAUUAUCCGUAUAAGUGUUCGCUGUGUCCCAGAGUUUACAAAGACCCGGAAGUUUUCAACCGACACAUGAAGCGUCACUACAAGAAUAAAAUAAAGACGAUACGACCGCCGCCGCUCGAGCCCACCGACCCAGUGGCCCAGAUCAUCGCCGCUGUGUCUCAGGACAUUCACUCAGACUCUCAGAAUAAGGACCAGGAGUGCAGCAAUAACAACUACAAGUGUGAAAUGUGCGGCGCUGGGUUUGCGCAAAAGUUGUACUGGAAGCGACACAUCCAGAGGAAGCACAACGGGCAGCGCCUGCCCGUGUGUCGCGAGUGUGCGCUAGCCUUCGGCACAAGAGAGUUAUACUUCGAUCAUUUGAAGGAAGUACACGGCGAUACGACUCCGUUCAGGUGUUCGAUGUGUCCCAGAGGCUUUCAAGAAAAGCUCAAAUUGGAUCGUCACAUAAUCAAACACAACAAGUCUAUGAUAAAAUCAGUGACCGUCGAAACUGAGACCAGCGACGCAGUAGCUCAGUUAAUCGCUGCUGUAUCUCAGGAUAUUGACCCUGAUCCUCAGAAUAACGACCUAGCUACACGCUUCAAGCAGCGCUAUAGGUGUGAAAUGUGUGGCGCUGAAUUCCGCGUGAAGGGGUGCUGGCUGCGGCACAUCAACCACAAGCACAACGGGCAGCGCCGGCCGGCGUGCCGCGAGUGCGGGCGCGACUUCGACACACGCGAACUGUUGUUUGCCCAUUUGAAGGAACAUCGCGGUAGGGAACCGCCGUAUACAUGUUCGCUGUGCCCUAGAGUCUACCAAGAAAGGGCUAGGUUCGACAGUCACAUGAUGCGCCACUACGGUAAAACAUUUAAACGGUCUGAGGCAAAACCCGGCGUCGCUUCAGCUCAAACUGUUGCUUCCGUAUCUAAGAAAAAGAAAGGUGGUUCUCAGAAGAAGUCUGUUUCUCGGAAAAAAACCGUCCAGCUCGCCAGUCCUACUUUCUCCGCCGUUGUCAAAAUUUACCCUUGCGCCAUAUGCAAGAGUACCUUCAUUUCGUCUUUAGCUUUGAAUAGACACAAACUGCACUGCAGAACCAUGGAGUGUGAAGUGUGUAACAGUAAAUUUGAGAAUUUGGAGGGCUUAGUGGAGCAUUACAAGAGUGUGCACGAGUUGGAAGCCGUGAGGAAUCCGCGGGCGGUCCCGGCGCCCGGCGGCAAGACCCUCAUACAGAUACAACCCGACCAAGUGCCAAAGCAUUUAAUACGGAAAGUAAUGGAAGCGCAGAAACUGUCUAAACUUAAAGAGGGGAAUAAGGGGGGAGGUGAUGAGGCUACACCGCCACCGCCGGAGGGCGAAGCGGCUAGCUGGUAUCGUGAUCAGGCGAAGGAGAUCAUGAAGGAUUUAUAAACAUGUGUAUUUUGAUUUUGUUAUGUGUAAUUUUUUUAGUCAAUAUGUUUUUAAAACUUAUAAUGAACGGUUCACCAGUAUUUUUUGUGUGAAGUGAUUAACUGGUGAUUUAAGUUAGAUCUCACAUUUUACAAUACAGAUUGUUUGUAUUGAUUAUAAGUUCCAACGGGUCUAGAAUAAAUAACGAGCAGUAUGUA